AUGGACAGUGGAACGAUUUCUUCAGGUCUUCUCAAGAUGAAGUUUAUGCAGAAAACGAAGAAACGGCUCGAUGAGAAAGAAAAGAGGAAGCAAGAUAAAGAAUUGCAGAAUAAUUAUGUUGGUGAAACUUCGAAUGGCCAUCGCAAGAAAAUUCAACGAAAGCUAGUUUUUGAAAACAGUUGUGAUGUUCUUCAAGAUUUAGUUUUCGGACGAAUGUCAUUCAGAGGUUUCAAUCCUGAAGUUGAGAAAUUGAUGAUGUAUUAUAAAAAUAUAAGGGAUGGCGAAGAACCGGAUGAUUUUAAUAUCAAAGAUAUACCUGAUGUAGAAAUGGCUGAAUUGUAUCUUUUAAUUUUAUUGCAUCUAGAUUCAAAAUUGUCUGAAAUUUGA